AUGACCGACGACCUGGCGGCAGACGAUUGUGAGGUGGUCAUGCAGUACGAUGGCACCGCUAACAGCACGCUGGUGUUGCUCGAGCACCACAUCGACGUUCUGAAGACAUCUGCUACGCCUGCGUCGUCUUCACCUUCAGCCACCGGCGCAGCGUUCGAUGAUACUGGACCUAGGGGACAUGAACGACUUCCACAACCAACCGUGCCCGCACCCCAGCCGCCGCCAGCAAGCCGUGCCGCACCCGCCGACCAGCAGCCGUGCCCGCACCCGCGACGGCGGACGAGCCCCGGCACGCCCGCGACGGCGACGAGCCCCCGAUUGGAAGAAGGGGGCGCGCGCAAGGAAGAACGAGAGAGCCGGGACACAGCGUUCGAGAGGCCGACAGCUGCGGAAGUUCUGGCUGGGUCUUGCCCCAGGCUACCGCCCGAGCCCCUGCCUCGGCGAGCAGCUCACGGAAUUGCCGCGGGCCCUGGGCUGCAGUUUCCCGCCCGUGCACCUGCCUCGCCUGGAGGCGGCCGCGAAGGAUGGCGAGCUCUUCUCAGGAAUCUCGGCCGCAGCAGCAACCCAGUAGGCCAGGGGCACACGCUGACAGACGCGCGGCAGCAGCUCCAGACGCGGGCUAAGCCUGCACCGAAGACCCCUGCCAAGCCAGGGCGCGGUGCCACAAAGGCCUCCACGCGUAGUAAGAAGGAAGAGAGCGAAGGGGAAGAGGCAGCUUCUGUUGAGGAGGCCUCGACGGCAGCCGCCAACGAGGACGGGUCAGCUGACAGCAAAGAAAAGGAAGACGAGGAGGAGCUCAGGCGAUGGUGCCAUGUUUGUGUUUGA